CUCAUGAACUCAUUCAGGUGUUUGCCCAGCUAGAAUGUUACUCUCUUCAGGAGUGACCUCCUAAGUCCUGCCCCUGACUUAGCACUUCUCCUCUCUGCUCUCAUAGCUCUCUAUACAUUCAAGGAACUAUUCUUACUGCUUUUGCAAUUGUGAUUCAAUUGGACAAUUUGUACAAAGCACUUAGUAGUACAGUGCCUGGCCCAUAAGCAAGCACUGAAUAAAUGCUAGUUAUUAUUAUCUUCCGGCUUCCCUCCUCAUAAGCUACUCAGACCCACCCAGGUCAUACUUUGUUACUUCCUCUUUAGCCCUCUUACUUUACCUACCUUGUCUUUGAUGAGGGUCCAUGUGGUAUCAGCUUCAUCCAGUGUUAGCAGCUGUGGGGUACCAACCAACAUGUUGGGAUAUGGGAAGGGUUAGGCAGGGCAAUGGCUGCUGCAGGAACCCCGAGCUGCCCAGAGAGGUGAGGCUUGGCCUUAGGCUCUGACCUACUACAGCAUGAGGUCAUAGAGGUCCUGCUGGGGGAUGGGGUGUUGGGUGGGAGAGGGCAGUCACCUUAGCCUCACUGUUCUCACAGCCUGAGUCUUCUUUUGAGUCAUCUACCUAUUCUGCUUUAGAGGAGGAAAAUGCAGAGAAGAUCUGGAUCUAGAUCAGCGAGGAGAAAAACAUCCCUUAGGCUCCUUCUGGAUUUCUACUUUGUGCUCCACUUCCAUGAACAGGGAGCCACAAGUGCCAAGUUAUCAGUUUUUGUCCUACUCGGCAUCCCUGGGCUGGAGGCGUAUCACAACUGGCUGUCCAUACCCCUCUGCCUCAUGUAUAUCACGGCAGUCCUGGGGAACAGCAUCCUGAUAAUGGUUAUCAUCAAGAGUGUUAACCUUCAUGAGCCCAUGUACUUUUUCCUUUCCAUGCUGGCCAUCACGGACAUCCUGCUGUCCACCACUACUGUACCCAAGGCCCUAGCCAUCUUUUGGUUCCAUUCCCAUGACAUUACCUUUGAUGCCUGUGUCACCCAAGUUUUCUUUGUCCAUGUGAUGUUUGUGGGGGAGUCAGCCAUCCUAUUAGCUAUGGCCUUUGACCGCUUUGUGGCCAUCUGUGCUCCUCUGCAUUAUUCAACAGUGCUAACAUGGCCUGUUGUGGGAAGAAUUGCUCUGGCCAUUGUCACCCGAAGCUUCUGCAUCAUCUUCCCAGUGAUUUUCUUGCUGAAGCGGCUGCCCUUCUGCCGGACCAACAUCAUCCCCCAUUCCUACUGUGAGCAUAUUGGAGUGGCCCGCUUAGCCUGUGCUGACAUCACUGUUAAUAUCUGGUAUGGCUUCUCAGUGCCCAUUGUCAUGGUCAUCUUGGAUGUAAUCCUCAUCACUGUGUCUUACUCACUGAUCCUCCGAGCAGUGUUUCGUUUACCUUCCCAGGAUGCCCGGCACAAGGCUCUCAGCACUUGUGGCUCCCAUCUUUGUGUCAUCCUCAUGUUUUAUGUUCCAUCCUUCUUUACCUUAUUAACCCACCGCUUUGGACAUAACAUUCCUCGACAUGUCCAUAUCCUGCUGGCCAAUCUUUAUAUAGUGGUGCCUCCAAUGCUCAACCCCAUUGUCUAUGGUGUGAAGACUAAGCAGAUCCGGGAGGGUGUAGCCAACCGGUUCUUUGACAUGAAGGCUUGGUGCUGUGCUUCCCCUCUGGGCUGA